AUGUCUAAAGUGCUUAUAAUUAAACACCUUCCAGCAACAUUGCCUAUUGAUGAAAAAGAAAAAAUGUUAAAACAUUUUGGUGCUGUUAAAGUUUGGCAGCCACUAAGGAAACAGAACUAUAUAUUCGCUGGGUUUUCAAAUAUCGAAAAAGCGAAAUCUGCAUUGCUUCGAUUACAUCAACUAGAAAUAGCAAAAAGACGACUAGUAGUUGAAUAUUCAUUUGAAAAAGAACCAAUUUCUCACUUAAGAAAAAAUGAUACUAUUAACUCUGCCACAACAAAUCACAUUAAAGAGUUUUUGAAAACACUCAACGCUUUUAACCCUUCUGUAGACUUUUAUCAACCACCUCCAUCUCAUUUAAAUUACACAUAUCCCAAAAUAAGUCCAUUAAUAGCUGUAAAUAUGAUUUGCUCUUUAUUUAAUCAUAAACCAUUUUAUGUUCAAGCUUUACAUCUAAUGAAUAAGAUGUCACUUAAUAUGCCAUUUAAAGAGGAUGAGACAGCAUUAAAUUUUUUUAAAGAAACCUUUAGAGAUUUUUUUAUUGAAGAAAUGGCCAUAUUACCUCCAGAAGACCCUGAAUCUGAAAUGUCUAGUGAUGAGGAGCAACCAAAGAAUCCAUUGCCAUCAGUGCUUAAAAGAAAACAUACACUUCCUAAAACACGGAAACGACCUGCUGCAGUCUUGUCAACAGCAAUUUUACCUAAAUCUAAAAAGACAAAAGAAAAUAUUGAUCAGGUAGAAGUAUUUGAUGUGGUCACACCUGUAGAAGCGAAGAAAAUUUCUUUAGUAGUAUCACAGGAUGCUCUCAGGAAGCCAUCUGAAGAGCCAGAAGUUGUUGGAGAAAUUGGAAAAUUCCAGAAAGAAGAACAACCUAUAGAAGAAAAGCAAAUAGCAGAACAACCGGAACAACCAAGUAUUAGUAAACAGGAACUUUUAAAGAAUAGAAUUUCCUACAGUGAUAUGAAAAUUCUACCAGUAUUUAAAAAUUACCAUCCCGGUCAACCAUCUAUGAGAUUAUAUAUUAAGAACUUAGCUAAAACUGUAACAGAACAAGACUUAAAUAGAGUUUAUAAACGUUAUGUGGAGCAUAUCACUGAGGAUGAGCAAAUCGGAUUUGAUAUUAGGCUCAUGCAGGAAGGCAGGAUGAAGGGUCAGGCUUUUGUUACAUUCCCAUCUGUUUCUGUGGCGCAGACUGCUUUGAAUGAGACAAAUGGCUAUUUAUUGAAAGAGAAACCCAUGGUGGUUCAAUUUGCUAGGGCUGCUACUAAUAACCCAAUUGAG